CACUCAAAUGUGCGCUUCAUAUCGAAAUGAAUUGCAUGGCUGCCUAGGGAGGCAUUUCGCGCGCCUAUCAUUUGCCACUUCUGGAGCCCAAUCUGUCCGCGCAUCAGAUAAAAGCCACCGAUCGCCGCCAUCCGCACUCGAGGGCUCCUCAACCAAAGCAAGUCACCAUGCUCCGAACCUCUCUCCUCGCGCUCGCCUUCGGGGCGUGCGCCUCAGCGCACUGCACCAUGAAGCAGCUCUUGGAAACAGUCGAUUCGUACCUCGCGGCGCAAACCAGCGGCCAGAUCUCCGCCUUCACCUCGCGCUUCGACAACUCCACCUGGCUCGGCUACUACGAAAACUCCGUCAAGAUGCCAGUCAACACCGGUAUCCUCAACAAACCCCUGACGAUCACGCACAACCGCUCCAUCUACGACAUGACCGGCUGCGCGACCUACACCGAAGUCGUGGUGAACAGCACAACGGAUCCUUAUGUUAUCGGCACGCAAUUGCAUAUCGCGAACCAUAAUAUUAACAAGGUCGACUCGCUGGUCACCAAGCCGGGCGACUGGCUGUUCAACGUCACGGGCACCGCGUAUUGGACCGCGCAAGAGAACUGGGACCCCAUUCCCGAAGCGAAACGCGAUUCGCGCGAGAUGAUCAAGAAGGCCGCAGAUGCAUACUGCGAUCUAUUCAACAACCCGAAUGUAACGGUUCCCUGGGGGACACCCUGCGUGCGUCUCGAAGGCGGGCUAUACGGCGAUCCGGGACCGAAUGGGAGCUGCAAUGUUGGCGUCCCGUCUGGUGUUCCGCUCACGAAUCGCCGCUAUGUGAUUGAUGAGAGCAUGGGCUCGGUCGAUGUUAUGCUGGACUUUGGGAACAGCAAGUGGCCCGAUAGCCAUCAGUUUAGGGUCGAGAAUGGGAGGAUUAGGUAUGUGCAUACGCUGACGCACUGUGGGGUGGCGAAUUGUGGGUUGGUAAAUGGAAUGAUGGCGGCGAGAAGGUGGCCGGUGAGGCCGUGCUUGCAUUGAGAUAGUUACGGGGAUGGAGUAUUGAGGCGCGGCAUGGGGCGGCAGGUUAGAGGCGGUUGGUACGGGGCGUUGAGUCUAGUAUAUGUGUUGCUUCGUGAAAGACUGGCUACGAGUGGCGUCGAGUUGCGUCCUUAGCGUCCCGUUCUCUAUUUCGAGAUCUUCAACUUGCCUCUUCAAGUUCUUU